GUUUCCAUUCCAUAAAUUCCCAUCACCCUUUUGCCCGCAUGUUCUAAAGAGCCAAAAAAAAAAAAAAAAAAACCCUAAAAAGUGUUGCUCAGGCGUUUUCUAACAUUUUCUCCAAUUCUUGAAGUCUUUAAUUGAAAAAACUCCCUCAUCCAAAAUCCUAUUCAAAAUCUUACUCAUCUCAGUUUGAAGUCAAACAACGCGAGAAAAGUAUUAAGCAUCAUCAGAUUCAGUGAAGCUGAUCUAAGGACAAUUGUGAUCCAAUAAUGCUCUUAGCUGAAAGCACCAUCUUGGAAACCCACUAUGAUAUUCUGUCAGUGAGAGAAGAUGCAAGUUAUGAGGAAAUCCGUACAAGCUAUCGAUCUGCCAUUCUUAAUCAUCAUCCUGAUAAAUUGCAUGGAUCCGAGGCAUCUGAAGAACGCGAUGACAGAUUGGGAGAUAGAUUUCUUGAAGUACAGAAAGCUUGGGAAGUCCUCAGCAAUUCUAGAUCACGAGCAAUAUAUGAUAGUGAACUGAGAGCUUCAAGACAGGAUACGGCUGCGGCAGAGGAUGUUAACUUAGAGGAUAUGACGGUUGAAGACGAUGGAGAAGUAGUUGAACUAUAUUAUCAAUGUCAAUGUGGGGAUUACUUUUCAGUUGAUUCUCUAGAGUUGAGUAAAAUAGGAUACACAAUCUUAAAGAAUGAUAAGAUGAUUUCUGUUCAAACUUUGAAUGCUUCACCAGCAUCGGUUAUUCUUUCAUGCGGAUCUUGUUCACUGCACCUUCGAUUAUUGAUCAGAGGUUCUGGUUGACAAACAUUUGUGAUUUAUGAAUUUCAUUUUAUUAUUAAUUUUGGUUCAUUGGCUUUGUACUUGUGCCUUAAUUGUUAUGUAAUAAUUACAAACUGCUUUGAUCUAUACUAAUCUCUUGGAACCGGAGACUCUGAAGUUUUAGCCCCUUGUGCUGAAUAAUGUUGCGGCAGGUACUGAGUAAUGUUGUGGCCUUCAGGGGAAUUUCUUCUUCCGGGUUUCUUUGAAAGGGUUGUUUAGCCGUUUGUGCUGCUAUUAAAUUCUAUAAAUGAAGCUCCAAUUAAGAUGAUGCAGUCAGAAGACAGCGUCAUUUCCAGUGUAUUUAAGAUUUUCAGCAUUAAUUUUUUUAAUCAGAUUGAGGCAAUUAAAAAACACGAACCUCUUCUCGUUAAGUAAGAAAAGUCCCGGGCCUUGGGUGGGCUGGGCCAUUGCGAAUUCGUUGUUAACGAACACGGCUAAAAUGGGAAAGUUUGGUGCUUCUCGUAGGGGAUCAGCUUUGUACUGAAUACUGAUUCCCGCGAAUAAGUCAACAGGUUUAUCCAAGCUUAAAGGAGAGAUGGGAUCUGGAGGUGGGUCUUUGCCUUGGAGUGUGUUUGAUGGCGUGAAGAUUAUCCCAUCAACGCCUGAAGCCCUUAUGGCUGAGAUUAACACAGCAAUUACUAAUCUUGAAUACGCUCGUGCUACUGCUUGCCUUGCCUCUCCCUCAUCCUUGUCAAAGAACUUCAACUCGGAUGGAAAUGUCACUUCACAAUAUGAUGCAAAGAUGGCAGAUGAGGCUUAUAAGGCAGGAUGUGCAGCAUUGGCUGCUCGCAAGCUCGACGAGGCUCUUCACUCUUUAAACCUUUCUCUUUCCAAAUGCCCACCUGACAAGACCACUGCAGUUGCUAAGCUUCAGUCUCUCAUUUCUCUAACAUCUCAGCAGCUUCAGAAGUCUCCUCACUGAAUUAGCUGGAUAUUCCAUGUGAUGAUUCAUGUAUGGGAGAAGGGAGGGAGGGGAAGAUGCUGCCAGUGACCUUUUCAAAACCGAUUAAAGUUGGCAUUAGAACUACUAUGCUAUAAGGUCAUAUCUACUUGCUUGCAUUUUACACUUUGCUUUGGUCUGCAUAACUGGGCGCGAGCACCAUUCAGCUGGUUGCACUGUUGUACAUAUGAAAGGUUGAAUCAGGGAUAAGAUUUAUAUGAUGUAUGAUUCUGGAAUAUAAUCAUGAUGAUUGUUGUCUUGGAUCAGCUCCUGUUGUUCACCUAGGUAGUGAAUUCCUCUGUGCAUAAUCUUCUUCUUUGAAAUAUAAGUUUAAAUUCACAAA